AUGGGGGUUUUGACAAGCGGCGCCCCUCUCUGGUUGGGUGGACCAUCUUCAUCGUUCCUCUGCGGGCAAAUAUGGAAUCGAGAAGGAGAGAACCAUCGAGCGAGGAGACUGCAUGGCAUCGGAUUUGGAGAUUCCGUGACCCAGGUCGAAGAUAAAGAAGAAGGGACCGCUGUCGCAUAUGGCGUCGGAUCUGGAGAUAAUUCCCUCACUGCCACCGGACCCAUAAGCGAUUAUGACGAUUUCUGGCCGGGAUUGGCCGGCAGAGACGAUGAUACAACCAUAUUUUUCCAAUAG